UUGGCGGUGCGUUCAGUGCGGCGAGGCGGUGCCUGCUCUGCCUGCUUCAGACUGCGGCGGGCAGAGCUAUUCGUUUCAGCAAUGGCGGAGGGGGAGUUGGACGUUGACUCGCUGAUCUCCAGGCUUUUAGAGGUGCGAGGAUGUCGUCCAGGGAAGAUUGUCCAGAUGACGGAGGCUGAGGUGCGGGGCCUCUGCAUCAAGUCCCGGGAGAUCUUCCUCAGUCAGCCAAUCCUCCUGGAGCUGGAGGCUCCGCUCAAAAUCUGUGGUGAUAUCCACGGACAGUACACAGACCUGCUGAGGCUCUUCGAGUAUGGCGGCUUCCCUCCAGAGGCCAACUACCUGUUCCUCGGUGACUACGUAGACAGAGGGAAGCAGUCCCUGGAAACCAUCUGUCUGCUGCUGGCGUACAAGAUCAAAUACCCCGAGAACUUCUUCCUGCUCAGGGGCAACCACGAGUGUGCCUCCAUCAACCGCAUCUAUGGCUUCUAUGACGAGUGUAAACGCAGAUUUAACAUCAAACUGUGGAAGACUUUCACCGACUGCUUCAACUGCCUGCCCAUCGCCGCCAUAGUGGACGAGAAGAUCUUCUGCUGUCACGGAGGUCUCUCUCCUGACCUGCAGUCGAUGGAGCAGAUCAGACGCAUCAUGAGACCUACAGACGUGCCCGACACAGGCCUCCUGUGCGAUCUGCUGUGGUCGGACCCAGAUAAGGACGUCCAAGGCUGGGGGGAAAACGACCGCGGCGUCUCCUUCACUUUCGGGGCCGAUGUGGUCAGUAAAUUCCUCAACCGUCAUGACCUGGACCUCAUCUGUAGAGCCCACCAGGUGGUAGAAGAUGGUUAUGAGUUCUUUGCCAAGAGGCAGCUGGUGACUCUGUUCUCAGCUCCCAACUACUGCGGAGAGUUCGACAACGCCGGUGGUAUGAUGAGUGUGGAUGAAACCCUGAUGUGCUCCUUUCAGAUCCUGAAGCCGUCUGAGAAGAAAGCCAAGUACCAGUACGGAGGGAUGAACUCCGGUCGUCCCGUCACCCCUCCCCGCACAGCCCAACCCCCAAAGAAACGAUGAAGACCGAAAGAACGACACGACCAGAGAGAGAGAGGGAUGAUUGUCAGUGAUUGUCUCAUGUUGGCUUUUCACAACACAGAUAAAGUACAAAAAACACUUGGCAGAGGAAGGGUUAGACAAAACAAACACUUUUUCUUUUAAGAUGCACCCAAUCCAGUCUUCUCAUUCAGAUUUUCCUUUUUUCCUUUUCUCCCCAACCUCUGAACUGCUGUCCACUUUCCUCCUCAGUGCUUACUUCUCUGCAUCUGUGUAACUUUGAGACAUUUAAAUGACAAGUGUUAAAGAAAAAGGAAGAAAACAGUACAAGGGUGUCAUUCUGUUUGCAUAUCGGAGUGUUUUUUUUUUUCUUUUCUCUCUUUUUGUCCUUUUGCCUUUUAUUUUCUUUACGACCGAAUGGCAACAAAGUUUAGUUUACCACAUCUCCUUACUCCCCCCCCCACCUGUACAGACACAACAGGUAUUAAUGACGACUGCUGGGUUUUCAAUAAAUAAUACAGGGAAUAAA